AUGGCCGAAGGCGCGCAGGCUCCGGGAGCUGCGGAGGACGCUGAGAAAGCGCAGCAGCAGGAAGACGAGGAACCGCGCCCACAACCACAGCCACAGUCACAGUCACAGCAGCAGCAGCAGCAGCAGCAGCGUGAGCAGCGUGAGCAUGAAGAAGAGCCCGAAGCAGAGCAGCAGCAUGAAAAGGAGCCAAAGAAGAAGCGGAAGAGGAGAACGAUUGCAUGUCUCCAGUGCCGGACUCGAAAAGUGAGAUGCGACCUGGAAUUCCCGUCCUGUGGACGCUGCGCAAAGGGACCGUGGCCGGAUGCCUGUGUCUACGAGAACGCUGGACCGACUACAUGGAGCUCGACUGGCACGCUGCCGGCUACACGGUCUCUAUCAAACGAGCAGUCGAGGUCUCGUGCAGACGCGGACGGCCGUGAUGUCCGGGGCGAUGCUUCGAGCUCGCGGCUGAGCGAAGAACAGCGGAUUCGGGAGCUCGAGCGAGUGGUGCUCAGCUUUGCUCAGUCGCAGGCCUACGCAAAGCAAGGGAUGGCAAUGGGCAGACUGCAUUCAAGAGCUGCUGCGGACAGCGAGAUACAGCAUACCCCCUCGCCGCGUUCUACGCAGUAUUCUCGAGACGAGGCUGGAUCUAUAACUACUACUACCACCACCAGGCCGGAUGCACACAGCAGACCACUGUUGGGAGUCAAGGGGAAUAGAACUCGCUUCUACGGACUGAGCAAUGUCGCAAGCCUGGUCACCGAGUUUGGGGAUCUCCGUGCCUAUACCAAAGACUUGAAGAGCAGGUUUCCUGCUUUGGCCAAUAUCCGCAAUCUAAAGGCGCUCAAGAAGGAUCUGGACCAGAUAAGGAGGCCGCUCUCGGGGGAAUCGGCCCUUGAUGCAGUCUUCCUCACCGGAUUGCUACCUGCGCGGCCUGUGACAUACAAUCUGGUCCAGUACUACUUUGCCUUCUCAAGCAGCACAUACCAUGUCCUGCAUAAGCAAACAUUCUACGAACGUCUGCAAGACCUCUAUCAGCAUCCCCAGCAGGCUGCUGCGUCAUUUGUAGUACAGCUGCUACUCGUCUUGUCAAUAGUAUGGAGUGUGGAUGCGCCGGAGCCCGUGGCUCCCUCAAGCGACAAGAGCGUCACCGUAACCCGCAACAUGGCAAUGGAAUGGAUACACUGGGGUGACACCUGGCUUUUCCAUUCGGGAAUAAAACGGCCGAACAUGGUCCUUUUACAGACUCGCUGCCUGCUUGUCCUUGCAAAGGAUGCUAACUAUACCCAAAAGAACCAGGCCUGGGCUGCGACAGGAACUAUUGUGAAACUAGCAAUGUCGGCAGGCUACCAUAGAGAACUCGGGCCAGACGCAAAAGUAUCCCAUUUUGACAGAGAGAUGCGACGGCGGAUAUGGUCUACCAUUGUGGAAUUGGACCUCAAUGCUUCCUUUGACAGAGGGAUGCCGCCUACUAUUCAAGCGGUGGACUAUGAUGCCCUGCCGCCCAUAAACAUCAAUGAUGAAGAUAUUACCGAGUCUUCUACUCAAUACCCUGAACCGAAGCAUUGGCAGAUACCCACCGACUCUUCCUUUCAAGUCACUCUGGCUAGGUCGGUUGACUUACGAUUACGCAUAUGUGCCCUUGUUAAUGCGCCCCGAAUUGCUAUUUCUGCGGCUCAACUGUCAGAACUAGACGAUGAGUUGACACGGCAUCUCUCAGAAGUCCCUCGGACCUGGGAGAGUUUUGAGUCCACAGACCUGCGACAGCGGCAGAGAGUUAUGCUCUGGAGGGCAUUGAUAGACACGCAGCUAAGGCGCAGCCAAUUAUGCUUGCAUUCAUGCUGUGCCUUGAGUGAUUUUCCACCUUCCGUUUCCAACUACUCCUGGAGAGCUAGACUUGAGGUCGCGAUGGAAUUGCUCUGCCAGCAGCAUCAAGUAGUAGAACAGCUGGGCCGACUGGCAUGGCCACUACUUACAAAUACCACCUUUCAAGCUGCGCUCACCUUAUGUCAUUACAUGUACAGGUCUGAUCGUGGCUUCGCUUCAUAUCUUAUCCAAGCAACUUUGCCAGCGAUGACAGAAUCUCUUAUUGCCUUGGUCGAGAAAACAUUACCUCACCUAGAAAGCAAGUUUUUGAUUUUGGAGAAGGGAAUAAGAGAGUAUUGCUAUUUUUGUUUUAUUAUCUCAAUGGUGAAAACGAAGCGGUGGCCUGAAUCGGCCUUAUCACACCAAAGGCUUGCUGUUGAUCGCAUUACCAGCAUGUGCUACAGCAUCUUAUCCCGAGGCAAUGGUGACAGAACCCAGGACGGCGAUAUCGCCAAGGCAAGUGUUCCCAGUGUUUCUUCCAUUGAGCGUGAAUUGUAA